CGAUAGUUGUUCACAUUCAACAAUCACUGAAACAUUAAAAUGUUAAAAGUUAUUUGCAUUUUUGCCCUGGUCCUGGUGGUCAGUGUACAUGCCAAUCGUGGUUGUAGACCGGUGUGCAAACCCAAUGUGCCCAGCAAGGCGGUUUGUGCCACAGAUGGUAAGCAACAGGUUUGCCAUCGUUUGAGCCAAUGUCAGCUGGCGGAGGAGAAUUGUCGUCGUCGUCUUACAAAUCGGCCAGCCCUAUCACCCGUUGCCUCUGGACGUUGUCGCAAUAUAAAAUCGCCUAAUCGUAGAGGAGCCUGUGCCAAGGUUCGCCGCCCUCGUUCAACACCAAAACGUGAUUGCAAUCGUUUGAAAUGUCGCAAUCCGGACAAAACCGCCCGUUGCUAUCGUUGUCGCCAGAACAAUUGUCGUCUCUUGAAUGUCUGCCAGGCCGAGCGAGCAAAUUGCCUGCGUAAUCCAUUGAAUCGUUUGAGUCAAACCGAUCGUCGUCAAUGUGCUGGCAUGAAACCAGGCCAGAAACCCCAGAGAUGCAGACCCGUUCGCAAGAGCGGUUAAGUGCAGGCAAUGUACUGGGGAGUCGACUUAUAGGAUUUGACUGGAAAGGGAAAUUGAAUAAUGCUGCUGCUGUUCAUUAUAUAGUUACUCUCAUUAUAUUCUUUCGCUCUUGAAAUAAAACAUG